AUGAGAAAAGAGCUGAAGAUUUUUAUGUAUGCAAACAUCUUUUUGUUUUUGUUGGCUAUUUAUGUCACUUUUGAUUUGUUGACUAUGGCAGUCGAUGAUACUUUAAAAGAUGCUAUUACGGAAUAUGAAAUCAACCAUCCCGCAACGGAUGCUAAGGAUAAUCUGAUACCAAAGAUUAUUCAUCAAACUUACAAGACUGAAGACAUUCCGGAGCAUUGGAAAGAAGGUCAAAGUAAAUGUAAAUAUCUGCAUUCAGAUUACAAGUACAUGUUUUGGACAGAUAAGAAUUCUUUGGAAUUCAUCGAAGAACAUUAUCCGUGGUUUGCAAAAUCAUUCAAAGCUUAUAAAUUUCCAAUAGAGAGAGCCGAUGUGAUUAGAUACUUCAUUUUAGACUACUAUGGGGGUAUUUAUAUCGACUUAGAUGAUGCUUGUGAAAGGAAAUUAGAUCCUCUGUUACAAUUCCCUGCUUUUGUUAGAAAAACUUCUCCAACAGGUAUUUCGAAUGAUGUUAUGGGUUCAAAACCACAUCAUCCGUUCUUUAUCAGAUUACAAAAAAAUCUAGAUAAAUAUAAUAGAAAUAUCCACAUUCCUUAUUUUACAAUCCUAGCGUCAACUGGUCCUUUGUUUGUAAGUUUGAUAUGGAAACAAUAUAAAAGGUGGGGAGUCACUCCAGGUGAUGAGAUUAGAAUCUUACAACCAGAAUACUACAAGAUGCAUUCAUACUCAUUCUUCUCGAUAACAAAAGGUUCAUCCUGGCAUACAGAGGAUGCUACCUUCAUAAAAUCAUUAGCAUCUCAUAUUCUUGCGUGUGUUGUUGCUGGGUUUGUAUUUGCAUUCUCGAUGUUAUACUUAGAAUAUUGUUUCUAUGCUUGGUUAUGUUCAAGAAAUGAUAAAUCCUCAACAAAAACUAGAUCAUAUAUGUCGUUUAAAUUUAUGAUGUUACCAAUACAUAAAGUUUUAGGUGUUUUCUACAAUUUUAGAAAGGAUGAGUUUCAAAUGAGUGAUAAUAUUAGAUUACAAACUUUGCCAAAGGAAAAUAAAUAUGCAGGUUCUUCUAAAAAAGCAACCAAUUUAAAGAAAAAGAGAAAAGAUUCAAAUGUGUCUUAUAUGCAUCUAAUAAACGAUUUGGAAAGUAAUCUAGAAACAGUUUAA